ACCUCCACUUUGACGUUGACAGUUGAGCACUUCGAGAAAUACACAUGGUCGCGAAACUUCCAAAAUUGUAUUUACUAAAUUAAAAUGACUCCCGAUGUAGAAAGUGAGAGUAGUGACAACGAUAGCCAGCAAUCAGAGAAUGAAGAAGAAACAGAGCAGGCAGUAGAGGCAGCAGAACCGACAGGAGACGACAAUGAGGAUGACGAUAACACAACGUUUAAAGACUUGGGGGUAGUGGAUGUACUUUGCGAAGCGUGUGAAGAAUUAAAAUGGAAAAAGCCAUCAAAGAUCCAAAAGGAAGCGAUACCAGUCGCUUUAACAGGCAAGGAUAUCAUUGGUUUAGCAGAGACUGGGUCGGGCAAAACUGGAGCCUUUGCUCUACCAAUCUUACAAGCACUGUUAGAAAACCCACAACGAUACUUCGCACUAAUAUUGACGCCCACCAGGGAGUUGGCAUUCCAGAUAUCUGAACAGUUUGAGGCUCUAGGAGCCAGCAUAGGAGUAAAAUGUGCAGUGAUAGUCGGUGGCAUGGACAUGGUGGCACAAGCCCUCAUGCUGUCCAAGAAGCCGCACAUCAUCAUUGCAACACCUGGCAGGCUGGUUGAUCACUUGGAGAAUACUAAAGGAUUCAAUUUGAAGGCUCUUAAGUUUUUGGUAAUGGACGAAGCCGACCGCAUUCUAAACAUGGACUUCGAAGUGGAAGUCGACAAGAUUCUCCGCGUGAUUCCUCGCGAGCGGCGCACGUACCUGUUCUCUGCUACCAUGACGAAGAAGGUGCAGAAACUGCAGAGAGCCUCCUUGCAGGAUCCUGUGAAGGUGGAGGUGUCAACUAAGUAUCAGACGGUUGAGAAGCUUCUGCAGUACUACCUGUUUAUACCUGUUAAGUAUAAGGACGUAUACCUUGUCCACAUACUAAACGAGAUGUCAGGCAACUCGUUCAUCGUGUUCGUGGCGACAUGCGCGGGCGCACUGCGGACGGCGCUACUCCUGCGCAACCUGGGGCUCGCGGCCGUUCCAUUACACGGGCAGAUGUCGCAGAACAAACGCCUUGCUGCGCUGAACAAGUUCAAGAAUAAAAGCCGAUCGGUGCUUAUUUGUACUGAUGUCGCUUCGAGAGGUCUGGACAUCCCUCACGUGGAUGUGGUCAUAAACCUGGACAUCCCGCUGCACAGUAAGGACUACAUACAUCGCGUCGGACGCACGGCUCGAGCGGGGAGGGCCGGCAAGGCUAUUACUUUCGUUUCACAGUAUGACGUGGAACUAUACCAGCGCAUAGAACAGCUGAUAGGCAAGCAGCUGCCGCUGUACAAGACAGAGGAGAGCGAGGUCAUGGUGCUGCAGGAGCGCGUGUCCGAGGCGCAGCGGCUCACUAAGAUUGAAAUGAAAGAGCUCGAAGACAAAAAGAACAUAAAAGGCAAGAAGCGCGGCGCCGACUCGGACGACGACACGGAGGAGGCGGCCGGAGUGCGCAGGCGCAUCAAGGGGAAGAACAACAACAAAAACAAACAUGGCGGCAAGAAGAGAAAACGAUAAAUAAAUGUCAUUUUAUUUUAAUAGUAAUAAAAAAUU